AUGGCUGGGCACCUGCAAGCAACUCAGUCUACAGUUGCCAAAGUAGAUUCAGAGGCAACAUGGGUUUUGCUCAUGUCACAAGCUCAAAAUCGAGGCUGCCCUGUGGUGGUACACUUUACGGCUUCUUGGUGCAUGCCAUCAGUAGCCAUGGGACCAGUUUUUCAAGAAUUGGCCUCGGCUCACCCGAAUAUCAUGUUUCUGGUGGUGGAUGUUGACGAGAUUAAGGAGGUGGCAACAAAGAUGGAGGUUAAGGCGAUGCCCACUUUUGUGCUGAUGAAGGAUGGAGAUGUGGUGGAUAAAGUUGUUGGUGCUAAUCCUGAUGAAAUAAAGAAGAGGGUUGCUGGACUAGUUAACUAUUAUUAA